CUCUUUUUGUUAGGCUCUACUAACCAAGGACAAAUCACAGACUCAGAGAGCUUCAUAAAAAGGCCCAGACACUCGAUGCCCAGAGACUCCAGGCUCAACCUACAUUGAUGCUGGCCCUUCAGCCAUGAGACUACAUUUGCUUCUCCUUAUUCUCCUUCUUUUUUCAAUUCUCUUAUCCCCAGUAAGAGGUGGUUUGGGUGCUGCAGAAGGUCAUUGUCUCAAUUUGUCUGGUGUUUGCAGAAGAGAUGUCUGCAAAGUAGUAGAAGAUCAAAUUGGUUCCUGCCGAAGAAGGAUGAAGUGCUGUAGAGCAUGGUGGAUUUUAAUGCCAAUUCCAACACCACUUAUCAUGUCAGAUUAUCAAGAACCCCUUAAACUUAAGUUGAAAUGAAACUGAGAUAAAAUAAAAAUACAUUAAAAGUGAAGUUAUUUGCAUCUAAGAAUAUUAAAAUAUACAUAUUAAGUACUUCCAUCUUGAUAACCAUCUUGCAUUUUCACUUAUCAACAUAAAUGAAUAAAUACUAAUUUCAAAUAUACCCAAGUACUAUUUCUUUGUGAGUCAUUAAAAGAUCUUAACAAAACUUUUAAAAAUGAGAAAACUGUUACUUUUGUUUUCCAAGAGGGUGGAUUGAAGGC